AUGAACCUGAGAAGCACGCUCGUCGCCCUCGUCGUCGCUGUAGGGGUAGCCGGUCGGCCGCAGUUCGGUUCCACGGACCCGUCAUCGCUCGCGAGUAUUCUAGCGACCGCGCCUGCCUGUGCGGUCAGUACUACCUCCACUCUCUCCCCUGCUCUGCUGUCCUCUCCUCUGCUGUCCUCUCCGUCCCUGUGCUCUGUCCACCCUGCCCUCUCUCUCGGCAUCGCGGGCGUCCCCAUACCAUGCUUGGCCAUCACCGUCAACGACUCAACAUGCAAGAUCAACAAUACCCCGUGCAUGUGCACGGACAAAGUCAUGGAAUCGCAGGUGUUUGAAUGCAUCGCCGCAUCUUGCUCCUUUGCCGAUGUCCUCGGGAUGAGAAACAGAACGGCCCUGGCGUGCGACGCCCCCGUGCAGGACAAGUCGUCGAGCUUCAACAUCAUGACCAUCGUCCUGAGCACCGUCGCCAUCCUCCUCGUCCUCGUCCGCCUUGUCUUCCAGCAGUUCUUCAGCUUGACCAAGAGGCUCGCCGCCGACGACCUCCUCCUUCUCCUCGUCGUCUUCCUCCACGUUGCCCUCGUCGUCGUCAGCAUCCGUGGCCUGACGGGGAACGGCAUGGGCACCGACAUCUGGACCGUCCAGCCGGACGAUCUCACUGCCUUUUUCAGGGCGUACUACGUCGCCGAAGUCUUGUACUUUGCCGAGGUCGCUCUCAUCAACAUAUGCUUCGCCAUCUACUUCGUCAACGUCUUCCCCGACCUCGCUGUUCGCCCCCUCCUUUGGGCUACCGCCAUCUUCAACCUCCUCUACGGUCUCGCCUUUGUGUUCGCCGCCAUCUUCCAAUGCACGCCCGUGAGCUACUAUUGGACCCAGUACAUGGAGACAAGCUCGGGCCAGUGCGUCAAUGUCAACGCCCUCGGAUAUGCCAACGCCGCCUUUGGCAUCGCCAUCUAUCUCUGGCUCAUGGCCGUCGCCCUCAGCCAGGUCCGAAAAUGCAGCCUUGACGGCAAGGACAAGGUGGCCGUCGCCAUCAUGUUGCUCGUCGGAAUCUUUGUCACCGUCGCCUCCAUCGUGCGCCUGUCAUCGCUCGUCAACUAUGCCAGCUCGAGCAACAUGACGUGGGAUUCAUGGAUGGUCGUCUGCUGGGCCGUGAUCCAACUCACCUUUGCCAUCAUCUGUGCAUGUCUGCCCGCCAUCCGUCUCAUCCUCCAACGCCUAUUCCCGAAAUACCUCGACACCAGCGCUGCCCAUGGUGUGGAAACGACCGGCAAGGAGGAUACCUCCCUCGAGAGAUGGCCCCAGCUUUCCGAUCGAACAUCAAAAGAUUCCGUUCUCGAAGAUUCCGGAAAGUCCGGCCUGGAUUCGACAGGCUCCUUCAAGCACGGUCAGCCCCCCCCCCCGUAG